AAAAACUUUUCCUCAUCACUCCUUCCACUUUCCCACACUUUUCCUUAGUGCCUAAGACUUCUCCCUCUCUUUCUCCAUCAUCUUCAUCUUCUUCUUCUUCUUCUUCCCCAUCUCCAAUCUGCAAAAGCUCAGCAGAUCUCCCAUGGCAGAUGCAGCUCCCAAAACCCAAAUCAAAUCACCCUCUGAUCAUGAAAAUCCAAGUAAGUUUUUUCUGUACAAGGCUGCCCUUGUUACAGUUUUCCUAGUCUUGGUCCCACUUUUCCCCUCUUUGGCUCCUGAUUUCUUCAACCAAACCUUGCACGCGAGAAGCUGGGAGCUUCUGCAGCUCAUUUUUGUGGGCAUAGCCGUUUCUUAUGGGCUGUUUAGCAAGAAAAAUGAUGAGCCACACAAAGAUUAUAAGAUCGAUAAUGCGCAGUCGUAUGUGUCGAAGCUGCUGCAGGUUUCGUCAGUUUUUGAUGAUGAAUCCGAAAACCACACCGUGAUUGAGGAGAGCAAGUUUCAAGCUUUGAAUUCUCAGUAUUAUAGGGGCGAGCCGCCGUUAGUUGUGGUGGCUAAGGAAAACUCCGCCGUUGACAAGGAAAACGGCGUCGUCUCUCAGAUCAGCCAGAAGCCUCUCCUUUUGCCUGUCAGGAGCCUCAAGCAACGCGUUCCUAGCCCUAAUUCGGGAAAAUCCAGAAUUGGGGAUUUUGGAAGAUUGAAUGUUGACAAGGUGGCGGCCGAGAAGGAGGAGGCGGCGGAGGAGAAGGUCGUGCUCCGAUCGCCUAUUCCGUGGCGAUCGAGGUCGGGGAGGAUGGAGAUGAAAGAGAACGGCGAUGAACUAGCUUCGCCUUCAACGGAGGAGCAAGAAUUGAAUAGGAGCGAGUCUCGAUCAUUUAGGUCAUUCAGGGCUACUAACCCUAAUGCGUCAUCGCCAAAAAAAUUAUCUUACGAAUCUCAAUCCAAGAGUGGUGAGGAUGUGGUGAGGAAGAAGAGCUUCGCCCCACCACCGCCGGCUCCUCCGCCGCCGCCUUCACCUCCAUUCCUGAGGAAAUCGGUGCUGAUAAAGUCGAAUUCUAGCAUCCCUGUAGGCUCGACCAAGAAGGAGUUGGCGCGGAGCGCGAGGAGCGUGCCUAGUGAAGAAGCCCAAGUGGAUGAGCUCAUGAGGCUUGGAGCUGAUUCGGUCAAAUCUGUUCGAUCAUUUAAGCUGAAUGAAUUUGUUGAGAAACCAUCAAUGGAUUAUGAGAUAAAAUAUCCUGAUAAAAGGAAGCAGAAGAAGGAGGAAGUGGUGAUGGAAACUAGAGACGAGGAAGAGGAAGAGAGCGAUGAUGAUGAUGAGUUUGAUGAACAUAACUUUGCAGGAAGCUCAUCAAGCAACGUGGAAGCUCCGGCUGAUGAUAAUGGGCGCGACGUCGACAAGAAAGCCGACGAAUUCAUAGCCAAAUUCCGGGAGCAGAUACGGCUGCAGCGGAUCGAAUCCAUCAGAAAAUCCACCGCGCAGCGUGCUGGAAAGAAUUCCAGGUGAUAAAAUACACCAACUUUCACCAUUUGUAUAUAAACUAAAAAAUUCUGCCUCCAAAUGCACCAUUUUCAAUCCUUCUCAUUUUCCACACGCUUAUCAACUUUGAACCUAUUAAUGUCAUCAUAGCUAGCUGAAGUAACGUGAACAUGUGGUGCGUCCAUCUCAACGUUAAUUUGAAAAAAAUUAACAACUGUGUGAAAAUCAUAAGAAUUGAAAAUUCGUGUAUUUGAAGGCAGAAUAUUUAGUUUAUAUACAAAACUAGAAUACGGUGAAAAUUUGUAUGUUUAGGCGCAAAAAAAAAGGGGUGGGAAUUGGUACGUCCGGCAUUGGAUGUUAUCUUAUACACGUGUGUUAAUUUUUUUCUUGGCUUUUUUUUUCUUUUUCAUUACUGUUUAUGGAUAGUGGUAUAGAUGGAUAUCUCCUAGUGUUUAACCAAACAUUUUAACACGAGUUGAACAAUUUGGUGCAAUCAAAUUUGGUUGAUUUUCAUCAGAA